AUGGACGACUCUCGCUGUUCUCUUCCUUCCAUCUCAAACUUGCUGGGCCUCGCGGACGCUGGCUCGCCCACGACAGACCCGUCACCAACAUCAUACAGAGGCUCUCCUCAAUCAGAAGCAUCACUGUCGUACUCACAUGGACGCAGCAGACGAGAAUCCGGCGGUCUUGGUAGCCGUCCGGGCUCCAGACACUCUGGAGCGUUCCAGCAUCGCCGCGGCCUCCCGCCCACGCCGCCGCUGAGCACAGACAACGCCUAUGACAACUAUAACUCGCCAUCGAGCCAAACAAGAGGGCACUUUCCUUUUGACUCGAGCUUGUCUAACCGCUUCUACGAGACGACACCACCUCUUGAGCCGGAAACACGGCAGCAACUGCAAGGCCCAUCUCGCGCCCCGCGUCUGUCGAUUCCCGUGCCACCACAACGGUUCGGCCACUCACAAACAGUGCCGCAGCAGGCAGCGGCAGCUUAUUACAGCGGUGGUCCUGUGCACGGCAUGGUGCUGGCCCCGGGACAGCCUGUUGCCCAUUACGGGCACCAGCCGCUGCCGCAUGCUUUCCCGCCUCAGCAAAUGUCCGACAGCCAGCAGCUGUGGCAGCACCACCACUAUCUGCACCCGUCCCAGAGCAGCGUCUACCCGCAGAGCCAGGACAAGUACCUCUGCCCGACUUGCAACAAGGCCUUUAGUCGACCCAGCAGCCUGCGCAUCCACAGCCACUCGCACACAGGCGAGAAGCCGUACAAGUGCGCGCAUCCGGGAUGCGGCAAGGCCUUUAGCGUACGCAGCAACAUGAAGCGUCAUGAACGUGGCUGCCACUCUGCUGGCGCCAUGGGAGGUCGGCCGAUGGUCUAG